UCCACUCAAACUGAUAUUAAACGCGCACUAGCUCGUAGAAACAAUGGUCUCACAGAAAAAUACAUCAAAUUGUGUCACUCAGCGUUAAACGUAGACUUCAACACAAGGAACAACAGACUGCUUAAUAAAACGAGAACAGGGAGAAGUGGGAAGUGGAAAUUUACAGUCUCCCACGUUGGUACCUGAGUUGUCGGUCACAGCCGUGCUGCGUCCAAUCUCCACUUUGGAUUUAAUUGUCUUUAGCCAAGGGGCGGGUCCUGCUGUCAGCUCCACUUCUCCUGACCCGUGUCGGCAUAAAGGCAUUCAGUACAGAGGAAUGGUGACAGCUGAGAGAGAGGAACUCUAUACAUAGCCGCAGCCAUGAAGGAAAUCAUGGCACAAAAAGAAAAGCUUCAAUGCCUCAAGGACUUCCACAAAGAUACCCUCAAACCUUCACCAGGGAAGAGCCCAGGCACACGGCCCGAGGACGAGGCCGAAGGGAAGGCUCCUCAGAGGGAGAAGUGGGCCAGUAAGCUCGACUUUGUCCUGUCGGUGGCUGGAGGCUUCGUCGGAUUAGGAAACGUCUGGCGCUUUCCUUACCUUUGUUAUAAAAACGGUGGAGGUGCGUUUCUCAUCCCUUACUUCAUCUUCCUGUUUGGGGGAGGCCUGCCUGUCUUCUUCCUGGAGGUGGCGUUGGGGCAGUACACAUCUGAAGGAGGGAUCACCUGCUGGGCCAAGCUCUGCCCCAUCUUUACUGGAAUUGGCUAUGCCUCUGUGGUGAUUGUAUCACUACUGAACAUUUACUACAUCGUGAUCUUGGCCUGGGGACUUUACUACCUGUUCCAGUGCUUUCAGCCGGAGCUCCCCUGGGCAAAAUGCCAUCAGCCCUGGAACACAGAAUACUGUAUAGAGGACACAGUCCGCAAGAACAAGACCCUGUGGCUCGCAGCCAACAUGACCAACUUUACCUCUCCGGUCACCGAGUUCUGGGAGCGCAACGUCCUCAGCAUCUCCUCUGGGAUUGAGGAAAUCGGGCCCCUGAAAUGGGACCUGGCCCUGUGUCUCCUGGCAGUGUGGGUCAUCUGCUUCUUCUGCAUCUGGAAGGGAGUCAAGUCCACAGGGAAAGUGGUGUACAUAACAGCAACCUUCCCAUUCGUGAUGUUGAUUGUGUUGUUGGUGCGUGGGGUGACCCUGCCAGGUGCAUCUGAAGGGAUCAAAUUUUACCUUUACCCCAAUCUGACCCGCCUACAAGAUCCAGAGGUUUGGAUUGAUGCAGGAACCCAGAUUUUCUUCUCCUAUGCCAUCUGCCUGGGAGCAAUGACGUCACUGGGGAGCUACAACAAAUACAAAUACAACUGCUACAAGGACUGUUUGCUGCUGGGAGGCCUCAACAGCGGUACCAGUUUUGUGUCUGGCUUCGCAAUAUUUUCCGUCCUGGGCUUCAUGGCACAAGAACAAGGGGUGGACAUUGCCGAUGUGGCAGAGUCAGGUCCCGGCCUGGCCUUCAUCGCCUACCCCAAAGCUGUGUCCAUGAUGCCGCUGCCAACCCUGUGGGCCAUCCUCUUCUUCAUCAUGCUGCUGCUUCUGGGCCUCGACAGCCAGUUUGUUGAAGUGGAAGGACAGAUCACCUCCAUUGUGGAUCUCUAUCCGGACCUCCUCAGGAAGGGUUACCGACGAGAGAUCUUCAUAGCUGUGAUGUGUUUCAUGAGCUAUCUCCUGGGGCUCGCCAUGGUAACAAAAGGUGGCAUGUAUGUGUUUCAACUCUUUGACUACUAUGCAGCCAGUGGUGUGUGCCUUUUGUGGGUGGCAUUCUUUGAAUGCAUCGCUGUAGCCUGGGUGUAUGGAGUUGAUAAUUUCUACGAUGGUGUUGAGGAUAUGAUCGGCUACAGACCAAACGCUUGGAUGAAAUGGAGCUGGACCAUAAUCACUCCUGUCCUUUGCAUGGGCUGCUUUAUCUUCUCCCUGGUGAAGUACAAGCCUUUGACCUACAACAAGGUCUAUCUGUACCCUGACUGGGCUAUUGGUUUGGGCUGGGUUUUGGCCUUGUCCUCCAUGAUCUGCAUCCCCAUGGUGAUGGUCAUCAAGAUCUUACAGUCUGAGGGACCCCUGCUCGAGAGGAUAAAAGCUGUGGCAGCCCCGGCGAAGUCAGGCGUGAGCUCUCGCCCGAAGGAGUACAACGUGAAGGGCAGCGAGCUGACACAGCCCCUGGACCCAAAUGGGAACAAUGGCUUGAUGAAGCCCACCCACACCAUUGUAGAAACAAUGAUGUGAGCGCUCUCUGUGAGAGGAAUAAGAUUGAUGUGCUUUCUGUGUUAUUAUCAUAUUUGCUAACAUGAUAAUGGUAGGUUUACAUUGUCCAGUAUAUUCACAUUAGAGAUACUCUAGUUUGAUUUCUAUGAAGAGUUAUAUUAUUGUUGUAUUUUUUUUCUCUUGAUUUAUUUUUUAUUUUUUACUAUAUCAAUAUUGUUGAUGUUAAAAUUGUUGUUGCUGUAGUUGGCACUGAUCUCAGUUUAGGCAGUAUUUGAGAUAGAACAUUUUCAUUGUUUACUACCUUUCUAUUGAUUCCAGAGAGAUGAGGAAUUAUUUUUUUGGGUGAAUUAAAAUAAAUGAUAAAAUUCUUGUUUCACAAGAUUCAGUUAACUAAAUUUGUUAUUAAUCAUGUAAAAGUUAGAAACCGUCCAAACAAGUGAUUGUGGAAGUCGUCACAGCGAAAGCUAACUUCUACUGUCAUACCUUGUUGAUGUUGUUGAUCCCCACAGUGAAAAUGAAUGUACUAUGAGCCACCCACAUCUCUCAGAGAACAUAUCCAUAACAUGUUCAGUGGCAAUAUGCAGUGUAUAGAGCUAAAUCUUGCUUGACAUUCUCUACUUUAAAGAUUGAACAUGGCCUUGGCCAAAUACUGUGAGAAAUGCGUUCAUAUGAAGAUCCAUCCUCAAAACCAUUUGAGACAAAAUAGUACAGGGAUAAACAGCUAAGAGAAAGUAAGGAGAAAAGGGAAGUGGCAUUUUUAGAGUAUUUGUACACUGCCUGUGUGACUACUAUAGUCAGUCCCAGUGCAUUUAUUGAAACCUCUCUUUGCACUUUAUAUGUUGUCUCACCUUUAUUGUAGUGUUCAUUUUUUGUUGCAAGGUAUUGCAGUCACAUUUGCAACACAUUCAGGAGGAAAUAUUUUAGCUUCUAACCUUUUUGAUAUUAAACUUUGAUAUACAGUAUCUAGUUGUCUCCUUGCUAAGACAAGGGCAAAAUAGUUAGUAAUCUGACACCAAACAUUCUGAUUCAUGAUCAAUUUUAGCGGGAUCUGUGAGAACAUCACUAAACAAAAACAAUGCAUUUUUAUUGACAUUCAUACAGCUCUCUCCAUCGUGCACAUUUCAGAAGCAGAUAUGCUAUACAGCAUUACCACUGGAUUCUAGUUUGUAAUGUUCAGUGUAGGCAUUUCUAGUUGUAGAAUUUGAAUUGUUUGUAAAUCACAUAUGCCUUUUUGUAACAAUUUUAUACUGUACAUCCUGUAAACACCAUCACUGAUUGAUUAAUUUUUCUGAAAAUUCAAGCAAUUUGUUUUCUUAGUAUUGACUGUAAUGUGAGCCUGGGUUACAUUUUUCAGUGUGCAAUAUUCAUUGAAGCAAUUGUGCUCCAUACUCGCUCAAAAUGCACCUUCAAAUUCAAAAUGGUCGUAAUGUUCAAUAAAGUAAGGAGUUUUUAUCCUGAAGCAUUUGCAGAAUCCACCACUGUACUGUGCUGUUUUGUCAGUAAAAAACUUGUGUUACCUGGAAAUUCAAGUGUACCAAAGUAAUUUUGUCUCACAGUUGUCCCUUUGAGAUGCACAUUGCAUCAUUUCUAUAUAGACUACAAAUAAACAUCUUUUUCUUUGGAAA